CGCAGCUUCCGGCUGGUGUGUUUGGACACGGAUGUGGUGUUGUGAGGGCGACCGUUAAACUGUUUGUUUCCAACAGAGAUGGAUGUAACAGCUAAUUUCUUCACUAAGUUGAAAACGCUUGCAGUAAAUUUGGAGAAAGAGGCAAAAUAUUUGGACAAUGCUUUGAAUAAUGAUUAUGACCAUGAAGAAGCUGCUCGCAUAAAGAUGCUUCAUGAAUUACAUUCAGAAGUUAGAAAUAUUAAGGCAGAUCUUCACAAAAAAUUAGAAACUCUUGAAACAGAAAACAGAGAUAAUAGUGCAUUAAUUAGAGCUUUCCAGACACUGCACCAGAAGAAUACUGCAGACCUUGAGGAAAUCGAAGAACACUUUCAAAAUUAUGGGUAUGAGCCCUUGCAUAAAAAUGAUGAAGAACCACAGAUGAAACUUACAGAAACUGAAACUGAAUUGGCUGAAAAUUCUGAACCCAAUCUUGAAUCACAGAACGAUGAAGUUACUACUCCAACGCAUGAAAAGCCUUUGCUAAAUGACCCUACGCGUACCCCUCAGCUUGAAGAUUUUGGACUUGGUCAUUUAAUGUUUCAAAGUGCUUGGGGGGUACCAGAAUGUCCUCUGCCUUCAGAUCCCAAAAUGACUGGAAAUUACGAUAUGCAAUCUUCCACAUUUCAAGUUCCAGUUAUGCCAAAGACACCAAAAUGUACAUUGCAGCUGGGAGAUGAUAUGCUUCUUACACCCAAGAUGGAAAAUUUUGAAAUUGAUGAACAUACAGGCUAUGUAAACGACUUUACUUUGGCACUGUAUAAUAAACGUGAUCAACUGAAUAUCAACAGUUGUAAUCCUCUAUCAACUGCAGACGAUCAACCACAGAAAGCACCUUCACUGAAGGAUGACUUUGUGCAUUGUAUGUCACACCCAUCAGUGUUGAAUGAUAAGUUGAAUUCUCCUCUGCCUCCUGUGUUCUGCACACCUGGUUUGAAAAUAAAUAAGGCUAACCACCAAGUUUCAGUGGUUGAAGAUAGGAAAUCAAAUGGUUCAAUUUCUUCACCAGUAGUACCAAACUUUGAAACGCCCUGGCUGAAAAGGCAAUCUACUUUGCAACAUCUUAAAAAUGAGGCAUGUGUACAAAAAGAAGCAUCAGAUGAACUUGAUUUAAAAGAACCUCAGCUACCAGCUAUGAGCUCCAUUGGCUUUCUGAAUGGAUACAACAAAUCGCCAUCACCUCCGCCGAUAAUGACUAACUAUGAAAUUCUUUUUGAUACACCAAAAGUUCCAGAAAUGACCGCACAAAUUCCAAGCGAUGUUCUAAAGAUUCUGUCAUCUUAUGAUACAAAUCGACACAAAUCUAACAGGGAAAAUUUGACUUCCUUUGAUCUACUGACUCCUGUACCAAGGAAUAAAUUUGUAAAGGAAAACAGAAUGUGAUCUGUUUGUACAUUGAAGUCUUGGCACAAGAAAUUCAAAAAUAAAUGUAAUUAGUUGGAAAAGUCUGAAUAUGACCAGAAGUGUGGUUCUGGAAGAGGAACUGUGCUGUUGAAAGCCAGGUGUGGAAGCAACAACAGAUCCAUAUAGGCUGAAGUGAUACAUGUAAAUAGUUCUUGUAGAAUAAAUUCAAUUAAUAGUGAAACAUAUAGUUUCCAUAUUCUUGGCAUAUUGCAAAGGUAGAUCAAAUAAUUACUUUAAAGUGCAGUUAGGUAUGUGAAGAAAUGUAUUUUUGAAGCUCAAUAUGCUAGAAUAAGAUGCAUUAUUUGAAGCUAAAUUACUGAUUUUGUGAUUAUGGAAUUGAUUUUAAAUUCAAACAAAGUUAUAACACUGGUCAUCAUGAUCAUAAUUUCUGUAAAAUUCUCAAUUUUGUACAUUAGUUUUUUAUAAAAUUGGUUUAUGUAUUAUUUUCAUUAGCAAAUAAAGUAUACACUUGGGGUACAUGAGGAUUUCAAACAUUUCAUUUGAAGAACUACCAUCAAGAAACAGCUGGAGGGGAAAUCACUGAGGAAACCCCAGGUCAAACUCGUUUCCAUGUAUUGUCCUUUCUGCUAAUCUAGUACUUACAUUUUUAUUUUCUAUUGUUAGCCAUCAGGAUAAAGUAGCCAGUUAGAAACAACAUUGAGGAGGAGGAGCCCAAAGGUAGAGUGGAUGGCUGUCUCUGACUGAAAAGUGAUGAGUGCUGAGCCACAGGGAUCAUUUCUCAUUUUGUUGUUUAUCAUCUAUAUUAAUGAGUUAGAUGAACAUAGAACAGUACAGCGCCUUUGACAUUGUGCCAACCUUUUAACCUACGCUAAGAUCAAUCUAACCCUUCCCUCCCAUAAAGCUUUUUCUUUCAGCCAUGUGCCUGCCUAAGUCUCCAUAAUGCAUGCAUUCCAUGCACUUACCACUCUCUGUGUAUAUAUUAAAAACACACACACCUCUGCUCUCCCCGCCCCGCCCCCCCCAUUUCUAAAAUCACCUUUAAAAUAUAUAUUAGCCAUUGCCACGUUAGGGGAACAAGGUAAAAGGUGCUGACUGUCAAUCUAUGCCUGUUGUACACCUCUAACCUUUAUCAAGUCUUUUCUCAUAAGACAUGCUCUAAUCCAGACAGCAUCUUGUUAAAUCUCCUCUGCAUUCUCUCUAAAGUUCCCUAUAAUGAGCAGAUCAAAACUGAACAGUCCUGAUGAAGGGUCUCGGCCUGAAACGUCGACUGUACCUCUUCCUAGAGAUGCUGCCUGGCCUACUGUGUUCACCAGCAACUUUGAUGUGUGUUGCUUGAAUUCCCAGCAUCUGCAGAAUUCCUGUUGUUUACAAUGCUACAAGUAUGGUCUAACCAGAGUUUUUAUAAGAGUUGAAACAGUACUUUGUGGCUUCUUGUCCCCUGACCAUCACCACUUUAACCAUCUUGGCAAACUUGAGGGAUCUUUGGACAUGGACCCCAAGAUUCUUCGGUUCCUCCACACAGUUAAAAAUCCUGUCGUUAACCCUGUACUAUGUAUCACUUCACACUAUUCCAGGUUGAACUCCAUCUGCCACUUCUCAGCUCAGCUCUGCAUCCUGUCAGUGUCCCAUUACAACCUACCAUACUAUCCAGAACUUCACCAACCUCCAUGUCAUCUGCAAAUUAACCCAUCCUUCCAUUUCCUCAUCCAAGUCAUUUAUAAAAUCACAGACAGUGGGGUCCCAGAACAAAUUCCUGAAGUUGCUGGAAACUGACAUGCAGGCAGAAUCUACUACCACCCUCUGCCUUCUGCACGCAAGCCAAUUCUGAAUACAUGCACCUGAGUUUCCCUGGAUCUCAUGCCUCCUGAUUUUCUGAAUGAGCCUACCAUGGAGAACUUCAAAUGCCUUACUAAAAUCCAUAUACACCUCUGCCUUCAACAACUUAUAGAUCUUAGAGAUGUACAAAAUUAUUAGGGAUAUAGAUAGAAUGGAUGCAUGUAGGGUUUUUCCUCUCAGGUUAGGUGAGAAGAACUAGAGGUCAUAGGUUUAGGGUGAAAGAUGAAAUAAAAAGGUGAUUGAGGAGAACAUUCUUCACUAAGGGUGGAAUGAGCUGCUGGUGAAAGUGGUAGACGCAGGUUCAGUUGUAACAUGUAAGAAAGUUUGAAUAAAUACAUGGUUGAGGGGUUUGAAGGAAUAUGGUUGAGAUGGCACUAGGCAGGUCAGUAUGAACUAGAUGUGCGGUAUGCUGUGUAUUUUUCAUUAGUGCAUGAUUUUAUUUAUGCAGGUGUAAAUGAAAGUGAAAAGAAUUACCACAAUUUUAGCCUUUUUAAUGGGAAUUUAAAAUUUGUACAGAUGUAAGUUUGAAAAUUUAUGCUUAUGAUCAGGAUUUCUAAAUGACCUUUCUGUUUUUCCUGCCUAACUUAUGGAUAUUUACUAAUACUAUAUGAUUAAACUUUUCCAUUAAAGCCUGUAAUAAUUUAAGGUACUUAGCACCACAGAUUUCAUGGAUGAAAACCUGGUAGGAGUGUGCACAAUUGACUAUUUACUUUGUUUUAGACUUACUGUGCUACAUCAAGAAUAGUUUGUACAGAACCAAGUGGAGCUAGUCAUUUAGAGACAGUCAAUGGAUUCAAGAUAAGAAAAUAGUUUUAUGACAACUAAAGCUCUUCAAGAAGUAAGCAGAGUCGAUAGAGGGGCAUCUUGUAGACGUAAAGUUGAUUUCAAAGGUCCAAUUUAAUGUCAGAGAAAUGUAUAUAAUAUACAUCUUCAACUGCUUUUUCUUCGCAAAACAUCCAAGAAAACAGAAAUGCCCCAAGGAAUGAACAGUUAUGUGAGAACCCCAAAGUCUCCCCCCUCCUGGGCGUAAGCGGCAGCAUGGCAACGAUACCCCCCCUCCCCCUGGCAAAAAGAAGCGCAUCUACUACCAAGCACAAGUGUGAGCUAGGCAAUAGCAAAGACACAGACCUUGCAGUUACCCCAAAGACUACCGCAUUUCAUCUGGCAUUCGACAAUGCGCCACAUUAAAAGCUGAUAUUCCAAGAGCCGUGGUUUUGGGAAAAGUAUUUAAGCAUGGAAUGAAGCUCUGUUGCAUAGUGGUCAGAAUAAACCUGUAUUUCUCAGGAUGGAAGGAUGUAACUCAGUUCCACAGAUCAGUUGCCUUGGUUACUUUAUAUUUGUAUUGAACUGGGGGGGGGGGUGUUGUAGAGUGCAUUAUAUCUAAAUUUGUCAAUGAUAAUAUAGUAUGUUGGCAGGUACGUUGCAGUGAGGAUAUUUAGACCCUGCAGUGAGAUGUGGGUAUGUUGAGUGAAUACAUGAAAACUUGAUAAAUGUGGCUUAGUGUAGGAAAAUGUAAGGUCAGGCACUUAAGAGGAAUCAGAAGGCAAAUUAUUAAAUAAAUGGAGAAAGACUGUAAUAUAAAGUACAGAGGGAUCUCAGUGUUCUUUGGUGAACAAAUUGCAAAAUUUUAGCAGGCACAAGGGCUACAGUUUAGAAAAAGGAAUUCAUGUUACAAUUGUGCAAGAUAAUUGGUGAGAGUAUUGUGCAUGAUCCCCUUAUUUAAGUUAUACCAGCAUGGAAGUGGUCCAAAAGAAAUUUACUAGCCCUAGUAUCUAGGAAAAGAGUUGUUCCUACCAUGAGUAGCUAAAAAAUAGCCAAGGGAGCACAGUUUCAAUAUGGGAGAAAGUCAUUUAAAACCAAACUGAGUGGGAACUUAGCAUGGUGAAUUUCUGGAAUUUUCUAACAAGGGUAGUGAAGGUUAGAUCAUUGGAUAUAUUUAAAACAAUGAUUUCUCCACGUCAUGAGUGUAACCAGGGAGCUCACGGAUUCAAGUUAACAGUGUCUCUGUUGGAUACAUUGACUGAUCUCCAUUUCCUAUUCAGAUCUCUUCUCAACAUUUUCCCAUGAGGUUGUUUACUGAUUUUUGCUACUUUGUGUGCUUAUACAGAACUUCACUUCUGCUGCCAGUUUCUAUCCUGACUCUCCCUCCUUGAUGUCUAUUUUAAGGAAAUAAAUUAACUACCAACAUCCAUUAUAAACCUACAAUAACUGCACCUUUCUUGACUACACCAACUUUUCCUACCCCCAGCAACCAGUAAGAGUUCCAUUUCAGCCUCCAUGUCAAAUAACUACUGCCCAGGCUUUCUACAACAGUGAUUGUUCAUUUUUCUUAACUAUAGUUUUCCUUCAAAGAUAACUGACAGGGCUCUCAACUGUACCUCCUUGGUUUCUGUACACAGCUGCUCUCGCUAUUCUGUUCUCACCUUCCAGCUCACCAGCUAUUGGUUCAACCUCCAUAAUUUCUUCACCUUCAACAGAAUUCCACCCCUUUCCUCUCUACAAACAGAUCCCCUGCUUCUAAUACCUUCAAAUAAUCCACAUAGUGAAACAGCAACUCACUACCAUUUCCAAAUAACAGUAACCUCUACUAUGGACAAAAAUGUGACCUAGUGCAGAACAGCUGGAAAGCUAAUCCUGAGCUUCCAGUAUCCUGCCACUCUAAUUCUCUGUUCACCAAUCCCACUCUACUCUGCUUUUUAAUCUCCUACAUUGCAGUAAUUUAGUUUUUCUUUACCUGCAUAGAUUCUUAAAAGACAGUGGGAAAUAGGUUUGAAUGAAGCACAGUAUUUAGCCUGAAUGAUAAGCAUGAAUAUUGCUAAAUUUCUA